AUGCAUCUGGGCGUAAAUAUAUCAAAUGCUCUCCAACAGUUAGAAAGUGUAAAGACAGCUGUAGAUCAAAGUGAUGAUCCUAAACUCAAGGCUGCUACAAAUGACGACCUUAACCUACUGAUUAAUCUCUUAGAAAGUCCAAUUUUAAAAAGCAUUGCCACCUUACAUGAUUCUGUUGGAAUGCUUGCCACACAGGUUGCACAUCACCCUUCAAUACUGCCUGAAGACUUUGAUAUAACACCAGCUGGAGAUUUAGCAUUGCAAGCAAGGAACUUAUAUGGGGCUCAUGAAGGUGAAGAAGAACAGAGAGUACCUCAAGUGUCUCCACCUCAUAGUCUUGAGUUUGGAUCUGGAUCUGACACAGAAAGAAUUCUCGGCCUUGAUAAUGCUUCCGUUGAUUCCAAUAUGUCCCCUAAGCAGAACCGUGGAUUACUAGAAAUGAAUAGAAAUGAUGACUCGUUGGUCUCAACGUCUACUAACAUUGUAGCUGGUGAUUGGGCCCAAGUUGAAAUAAUUAAUUUAGUGAACGACGGAACUGGACUUGGAUUUGGCAUUAUAGGAGCCAGAACAAGUGGUGUUAUAGUGAAGACAAUACUGGCGGGAGGUGUUGCAGAUCGAGAUGGCAGAUUGAAAUCAGGAGAUCAUAUUUUACAAAUUGGUGAUGUCAGUCUAAUGGAAAUGGGUUCAGAGCAAGUGGCGGGUGUCCUUCGUGCUUCGGGUUCCCGAGUGCGACUGGUGGUAGCCCGUGCUGUGGACCCCGCAGACCCAGCUGCCAUUAAUGCUUCAGCUGCUCCACUAGUGCCUGCUAGACUCCUUUCAAGCCCUGAAGCGUUAGAUCGUUACUUGAUGGAAGCUGGUUUUGAACAAGUAUUCCACACUCAGCCAACUCCAAUAGCUCUGAACACUAAUGUGUCAAGAUUUGUUUUCGAUAGUUCAAUUACUCCUCCUCCUGACUCAGAUGCAGAAUCACCUGAAGUAGACAGAUUCACGGUGCAGUUAAAGAAAGAUGAAAACGGUCUUGGUAUUACAAUCGCAGGAUAUGUCUGUGAAAAAGAGGAAUUGUCCGGUAUUUUCGUGAAGUCAGUGACCCCUGGCAGCGCUGCCGCACUCAGCGGUAAAGUGAGAGUCAACGAUCGUAUAGUAGCUGUUGAUGGAGUGUCGCUCGCUGGAAAGUCCAACCAGAGAGCGGUAGACGCUCUCAAACAGAGCGGCAAUGUUGUUACCCUGGAGCUUGAGAGAUAUCUCCGCGGUCCCAAGUUCGAGCAACUCCAGCAAGCAAUCGCUGCCGGCGAGUCAUCUACCGCGCCGCCCGUCCACAACCCCUUCCUACACAUGCACCGCCCUGAACACUCGGACGAUAUGACGUCACAGACCACGCACCUCCCGCCGCCUGUGGAGAUGCCGGUUGAAGAACCCGAGACUCCGUCGGUCCCCGCAUUCGAGAUGCCUCGCACACAGGAACAGAAAGACGCUAUAAAGAGGAAAUGGCAGUCUAUACUAGGUGAUGACGUGGAGAUCGUGGUUGGCGUGGUGGUACGUGGUGGUGGCGGUCUGGGAAUAUCUCUAGAGGGUACUGUGGAUGUGGAGGGAGGGAGAGAGGUUAGACCACAUCACUACGUACGGUCCGUACUACCGGAGGGACCGGUCGGGAGGGCCGGGGUUCAUCGUCCCGGGGACGAAUUACUCGAGGUGAACGGUCACCGUCUGCUGGGUAUGAACCACCUGGAGGUAGUGUCGAUCCUGAAGGAGCUGUCCAGCGAGGUGUGUAUGGUGUGUGCGCGACCCAGACCAGCGCCGCCGCUAGAACUCGCGCCGCCCGCCGCUACACUCGUUAAGGCGAAGUCGGAUGGCAGUUUAGCGGGUGCGGGGGCGGAGGACGGAGGGUCAUUGACCGCAGGUGGAAAGGUUCGAUCUAGAAGUCUCGAACCACUCACAGGACUAGCGAUGUGGGCGUCCGAGCCACAGAUUAUUGAGCUGGUGAAGGGUGAACGAGGUCUGGGCUUCUCCAUCCUUGACUACCAGGACCCCCUGCGUCCCUCGCACACCCUGGUGGUGAUACGGUCCCUAGUACCGGGCGGUGUGGCGCAGCAAGACGGCAGACUCAUACCAGGCGACAGACUUCUCUUCGUUAAUGAACAGAACUUGGAGAACGCUAGUCUAGAACAAGCCGUGGCUGCUUUAAAGGGCGCCCCACGCGGCGUGGUCCGUAUUGGCGUGGCUAAGCCUCUACCACUAACAGACGGCCCCCCACCACUACCUGCUACCUCCCCACCACCACACCACUAG